CGGUAGCGGAACCGUGGACGGAAGUGACGUAUCACGGGCCCCUCGGGAAGGUGGGUGGAGCGAGGCAGUGGUGGCGGAAGAGGUUCAGCGGCUGAUGACGGCUUAAGAUCGGAAUCCUCUUCAACGCCACCCCCCUCUCUGGAGCCCCCUCAGCAGAGAUGACAUCCUUUCAAGAAGUUCCACUGCAGACUUCCAACUUUGCCCAUGUUAUCUUUCAAAAUGUGGCCAAGAGUUAUCUACCUAAUGCACAUCUGGAAUGUCAUUAUACCUUAACUUCAUAUAUUCAGCCCCAUCCAAAAGAUUGGGUGGGUAUAUUCAAGGUUGGAUGGAGUACUGCUCGUGAUUAUUAUACAUUUCUGUGGUCCCCUAUGCCUGAACAUUAUGUAGAAGGGUCAGCAGUCAAUUGUGUAUUAGCAUUUCAAGGAUAUUACCUUCCAAAUGAUGAUGGAGAGUUUUAUCAGUUCUGCUAUGUUACACAUAAGGGUGAAAUUCGUGGAGCAAGCACACCUUUCCAGUUUCGAGCUUCCUCUCCAGUUGAAGAGUUGCUUACUAUGGAAGAUGAAGGAAAUUCUGAUAUGCUGGUGGUCACUACAAAAGCUGGCCUUCUCGAGUUGAAAAUUGAGAAAAUUAUGAAAGAAAAAGAAGAACUAUUAAAGUUAAUUGCUGUUCUGGAGAAAGAAACAACACAACUUCGUGAACAAGUUGGGAGAAUGGAAAAAGAACUUAACCAGGAGAAAGAAAGAUGUGACCAGCUGCAAGCAGAGCAGAAGGGGCUUACUGAAGUAUCACAAACUUUAAAAAUGGAAAAUGAAGAGUUUGAGAAGAAAUACAAUGAUGCUACAUCCAAAGCUCUCCAGCUUGAGGAAGACAUUCUGUCAGUGACACAGAAAGCAAUUGAAAAAGAAACUGAAUUAGACAGUUUAAAGGACAAGCUCAGGAAGGCACAAUAUGAACGAGAACAGCUUGAAUGUCAGCUGAAGGUGGAAAAGGAUGAGAAAGAACUCUAUAAGGUACACUUGAAGAACACAGAGAUAGAAAAUACUAAGCUUGUGUCAGAGGUCCAGACAUUAAAGAAUUUAGAUGGGAACAGAGAAAACAUGCUUGCUCAUUUCAAAGAAGAGAUUGGCAGAUUGCAAAUAUGUUUGGCUGCAAAAGAAAAUCUGCAAAGAACUUUCUUGCUUACCUCAAGUAAGGAAGAUACAUUUAUACUGAAGGAGCAACUUCGUAAAGCAGAGGAACAGGUUCAGGCAACUCGACAAGAAGCAGUCUUCCUGGCUAAAGAACUUAGUGAUGCUGUGAAUGUCCGAGAUAAAACAAUGGCUGACCUACAUACUGCACGCGUGGAAAACGAGAAAGUGAGAAAACAGCUAGCUGAUGCCAUGGCAGAACUUAAACUCAGUGCUGUGAAAAAGGACCAGGAAAAGACCGACACACUAGAGCAGGAACUGAGAAGAGAAGUUGAAGAUUUGAAGCUUCGCCUUCAGAUGGCCGCAGAUCAUUAUAAAGAAAAAUUCAAGGAAUGUCAGAGGCUCCAAAAACAAAUAAAUAAACUUUCAGACCAGUCAGCCAAUAACAAUAAUGUCACAAAGAAAAUGGGGAGUCAGCAGAAAGUGAAUGAUGCCACAGUCAGCACAGACCCUGCUCCUGCUGCGUCUCCUACAGAUGUCAGCUCCCCAGCGGCUGCAGUUGAAACAGAUUUUGAGAUAACAAAGGAGCAGGUGUGUGAAAUGACCAAAGAAAUUGCUGACAAAACAGAAAAGUACAAUGAAUGUAGACAACUGUUGCAGGAUGAGAAAACAAAAUGCAGUAAAUACGCUGAUGAACUUGCAAAGAUGGAGCUGAAAUGGAAAGAACAAGUGAAAAUUGCUGAAAAUAUAAAAUUGGAACUAUCUGAAGUACAAGAUAACUGCAGGCUUCAGUUGGCAGAGAAAGACAAAGAAAUAAAUUAUCUAAGUGCACAUUUGGAAAAUCUCUCCAAGGAGAAGGAUCUUCUUAUAAGGAGUCUAAAAAAUUCUUCAGAAAAGAAAACAGAAGGUCAAAAUUUUCAAAGUCCUCAGAAGAUGUCAGAGUGUCUGAACACAUGCUCAGAGAAAAAUGGUCAUGUUCCUGUAGUACCAAGUUCGCAACCAGUUCUACAGUAUGGCAAUCCAUAUGCAACACAAGAAACAAGAGAUGGAGCAGAUGGUGCUUUUUACCCUGAUGAAAUUCAAAGACCACCUGUGAGAGUUACCUCUUGGGGCCUGGAAGACAAUGUUGUCUGCAGCCAGCCUGCUCGAAAUCUCAGUCGGCCUGAUGGUUUAGAAGACCCCGAGGAUAUUAAAGAAAAUGAGAAUGUAGACACUGUUCCUGAUCCUCCAGGUCAGCAUUUACGUGGUCACGGAGCAGGCUUUUGCUUUGAUUCCAGCUUUGAUGUUCACAAGAAGUGCCCCCUCUGUGAAUUAAUGUUCCCUCCCAACUAUGAUCAGAGCAAGUUUGAAGAGCACGUGGAAAGUCACUGGAAGGUGUGCCCAAUGUGCAGCGAACAGUUUCCUCCCGACUAUGACCAGCAAGGAUUUGAAAGGCAUGUGCAGACCCAUUUUGAUCAGAAUGUUUUAAAUUUUGACUAGUUACUUUUUAUUGUGAGUUCAAAUUUUAGUAGUUUUUUUUUUUUUUUUAAAUCACCUCAAGUAGACUACUGUGGAUACCACAAAGUGUCACUUUCUUCAUGCACCCUCUACUGCACUUUUCUGACUAAGAGCUAGUUUGAGUUGGUGUUACUAGGGUCAGGGUAAAUCUUUGGCUUACCAAUAAAUAUAAUUUACCUCUGUUAAUCUUACCUGCUUUAAGAAAAGAGGUUCUUGUGUAUCUUUGUCUUUAUUUAUUUCCCAGUUUGCAAAACUAUAUGGAUAAAGGAAACGGAUUAUUUUAAUCCUACUGCACUGGAAAAAGAAAUGUGUUAUUUAGCAGAAUAUUUACAAUUCUCUGUUAACCUUGUUGGUUGAGCAUGACUACUAAAUAUAUUAUGAAAUAAAUACAGUUUAUCCUAACAGUCUUGCAAACUGAUUCUUUGAAUACAGAAACAUCCCAUAAUUUAGCAUAUAAAAUAAUUUUGACACUCUUUAGAAGUGGAAGCUACACGUAGAAUAUGAUUACAUGCUUGCAGUACAGCAAAUAUUCUUUUGUAUCUGAAUAUUUGUUUUACGAAUUAACUGAAGGCAUAUUUUGCUAGUUUUAAGUAAUGUUAUUUCAGGGCAACUUAAAAUGGUAUAUCUAAUGAGAAAAUGGAACAAGAUAUGUCAAUACAAUUAUUUCAUAACUAUAUAAGCAGUGAUGCGUGUGGCAUAAAAAAUACAAAAAUAGCGUCUUUUUUACGUUUUCCUGGUGAGAGUAUAACUUGGCAUCUUUAGUAAGUAAUUAAAAAUGUAAUGUAUAAACCUGAGUCAAAGUAGUGUGUCAAAUCUCCACUCCUCAACAUUAAAAGGAACACAUCUUUGGAGAUGUGUAUAAUUUCAUUGUCAAUUUUUCAUUAAGUCUAACCUUUUAAGCAUUCCUCUUUUUUUCCCUUGACAAAAAUGUCUAAAUUGUAUUUCAUUUCCUUUAAAAUAUAAAUGUUACAAAUUGAAAGUACUGAUUUUUAUUUUGAUGCUUUUGUUAUCAAAAUGUUUAAGUUGUAAGCAAAUCAGCUAUUUAAGAUGUUAUCUAAUAUUUAGCACUGUACCAUUUCUGGGUAAUAUAUAUGAGUUGCAUUGCAUCAUGUCGUUGUACUUGUUUCUAGGAACUGAUUUGUAUAUUGUUGGACCCUAGGUUAUAAUAGGUUUUUGGAGCUAGGACAAAAACAGUAUUACCGAGGUUCCAGGUGUUAGGCAUGGCAGCCCUAGGAUGUAAGCCUUUAACUUUCUGAUAGGUUAUAAGACAGAAUAUAUUUAGGUUAAAUAAGAGUUAAUGAUUAUGUACCAUUCUAACCCAAAAUUAUCCUUUGGAUGUUAUAGUACUUCUACUGAUACUUGUGAAAUGCUAUUGUUCCAUUUUACAAGCCUAAAACCUAUGUUGAUGGCUUAUUACUAAUAGCUAUGCGCUAUGCAGUCUUAAGUAAAACUUUAAAGAAUAAAAUUUACAUGCAUCAACUGAAGAAAAGAAAAGAAGGCGUCAAAAGAUUAAGAUAGGCUAAAGCACUGAAUGUGGAUAUAUUUGUUUACAUCGCAAUCUUGAUGCUGGUCUUCAUAAUGGAUGCCAAUGAAAAUAAAGAGCCAAGUUUAUUUUG